AUGACACCUGGAGAGUUAGCCCUUACCAGUGGCAACCACACCCCAGUUACAAAGUUCAUCUUGCUGGGAUUCUCCAAUUACCCAGACCUCCAGGAACUUCUCUUUGGGGCCUUCCUGCUCAUUUAUACCAUUACAGUGGUAGGUAACCUAGGAAUGAUGGCACUCAUCCUGACUGACUCCCGACUCCACAGCCCCAUGUAUUUCUUCCUCAGCAUCCUCUCUUUCCUUGAUAUUUGUUACUCUUCUGUGGUGACACCCAAGCUCUUGAUAAACUUUCUGGCCUCUGACAAGUCCAUCUCUUUCGAGGGCUGUGUGGCCCAGCUAACCUUCUUUGUGAUACAUGUGACAGCUGAGAGCUUCCUGCUGGCCUCCAUGGCCUACGACCGCUUCAUGGCCAUCUGCCAACCCCUUCAUUAUGGUUCUGUCAUGACCAAAGUGACCUGUCUCCAGCUGGUGGCUGCUUCCUAUGCAUUUGGUGGAGCCAACUCUGCUAUCCAGACUGGGAAUGUCUUUGCCCUGCCUUUCUGUGGGCCAAACCAGGUAACACACUAUUUCUGUGACAUCCCACCACUUCUUCGCCUGGCUUGUGCCAGCACUGCCACAGCGGAAGUGGUCCUCUAUAUCUUCUCUGCCCUGGUUACCCUUCUGCCUGCCACAGUCAUUCUCACCUCCUACAGCUUGAUCUUGACAGCCAUUGGAAGGAUGCGCACAGCUGCUGGGCGGGAGAAGGCUCUCUCCACGUGUGCCUCCCACUUUCUGGCUAUUGCCAUUUUUUACGGCACAGUAGUUUUCACCUAUGUCCAACCCCAUGGAUCCAGUGGUGAUACAAAUGGCCAGGUAGUGUCAGUGUUCUACACCAUAAUAAUUCCGAUGCUCAACCCUUUCAUCUAUAGCCUCCGCAACAAGGAGGUAAAAGAUGCCCUACAGAGGAAGUUCAGGAUCAACAUUUUUCCCUGCUGA